CCAAUUUGGGGACAGACCCGAUGGGGAGGAAUUUAUAGAAUGAUGCUGAGUUUUCUUCAGCAAGAAAGUUUUUUCAAACAGUUGGCACAACAGUUCCCAGAGUUAGGUAAGCUAUUAGUAUAAGUUUUCUAAUGUUGAACUUGUACGAAAUUAUACAUUUAUUUAAGAGCUUGAUGAUUCGUGGGACUUUAUUAAAAAUUACGAGCAAGCUUUCAAGCCUCUAUACUCAUGCACUGUAAAUAUGCAGGCAGAACAUGUUUCAUUACCAGAUUUCUACUUGGCUCAUGGCUAUAAUGGAAGUAUCGAAACUAAAUAAUCCUUUCUCGACACCAUUGACAGAAGCACUAACGAUUCGGUUGAAAAAUCUAUGCCAUUCACGAGUUUUCAAAAUGGCCCUUUAUUUGGAUCCUCGAUUGAAUUAUAUGGGAUCAAAUUUAUUUAAAGCAGAAGAAAAAGAGCAGAUACAGAGUUACGUGAUUGAAACGUACAACAAGAUUCGUUCGUACAAAAAGAGUACUCCGUUAACAGCUUUGGAGAUAUCAGCGUCCACAAAGAAAGAUGAUUUCGAUUCAUUCAUCACAGCAAUGUUCGGCGAAUGUGCUACCUCCUCGGGAACAACGGAAAGAACACAAUUCUUACAGCAACUCAAAGCUCUUGAUGUAGAACCUAGACAACAUCAUGCAUACAAUGUGUGGAAGCACUGGAUGGAUAGACAUCUCACACACCCUGAACUCUCUGCCGUAGCUUCGGUUGUUCUAGCUACACCUUCAAACCAAGUGUCAGUGGAAAGGUCAUUUAGCGCAUUGCCGUUGAUCAUGACCGAUCGUCGCUCGGGAAUCAGCGAAGAAAAUUUGAGAAACAUUCUUCUUGUAAAGUUGAACAGAAGUCUUUUUGACACAAUAAUGUCACCCCAGUAA